CCCCUGCCAGUCCCCCGCCCUCGCCUGAGAUCUCCUCUGCACCGACUAGCUGCACGCCAGGCCCCAUGGCGACAGGAGGUCAUGCCCCUGAGAUAGAUGUGCUGAUCAGUCUACAACAGGUGAAAGUGGAGGAGGAAGAUGAGGAAGGAUCUCUGGAGGGAGAGGAGGAGGAGGAGGAGGACUGGGAGAAGGCUCUGUCUGUGGAGCGCUUUGGGGACAUUUUUGGUGACUCUGCUUCUGCCGGUGGAGACAAGAUGGGCCGACACUACACUGAGAAAGACUUUGAGAAUCACAGACACACAUUCCACCACACGCACCACCCCCUCUCCACCCACCUGCCCCUGCCGCUGCCCCAGCGGCUGCGCAAGCGGGUGCACGGCUCGGACAGAAGACGCAAAAAGAAACGGAAGAAAAGAAAGACGUCUCUGCCCCCCUCCGAUGUCACGCCCACAAUCCAGGAGGUAGACGAGGAGGAGGCGGAGUCUGAGCCUGACGGACUGGGGGCCACGCCCACAGAGCUACCCGGCAUGCAACCACAGUUUAGUUUGGGGAGCCAAGAGGACUUGGAGGAUCCCGGUCCACUCUCUACCGUCCACACGGAAAAUGAAGAGCGCUCGUCCUCCUCGGGGAAAGCUGUGGUCACGCCGACAGAGGGAGCGGCUUACAAUGGGGGGGCUGCUGCUCCUGGACAGGAUGAGGAGCUGGACGGGGACGGGGGGGAUCGCAACAGUGUUCCCCCGGGAUCGGACCCCUCGACCUCCACCACGUCCUGCGGCUGGUUCCGCAGGAAGCCCGUCCACCAUCGCCUGGCGGGCGCCCAGCGGAGCAACUACGACCUGCGGGAGCGGAUCUGCAUCGGGAGCAUGACCGCUCUGGAGACCGCGGUCUACCAGCAGGUGCCCACCGAUGAGGCGGAGGCCCAGAUGUUGGCCAGUGCUGACCUGGACGACAUGAAAAGCCACAGGUUUGAGGACAACCCCGGGGUGAGACGCCACCUGGUGAAGAAGUCGUCCCGAUGUCAGCUGACCAAGAGCAGCAUCAGCUCCACGCCGCUCUCCAGCCUGAAGAAGAGGAAGAGAGCUGCGGAGAAGAAGACACAUGAGGUGUUCGUGGAGCUCAACGAGCUGAUCGUGGAGAAGGAUCAUGAGAUGCGUUGGAAGGAGCGAGCUCGCUGGAUCAAGUUUGAAGAGGAUGUGGAGGAGGAGACCGACCGCUGGGGCAAACCCCACGUGGCCUCGCUCUCCUUCCGCAGCCUGCUGGAGCUGCGUCGCACCAUCACGCACGGUGCCAUCCUUCUGGACCUGGAGCAGAACACUCUGCCUGGAAUCGCUCAUCUGGUGGUGGAGACGAUGAUCAUCUCAGAUCAGAUCAGAGCCGAGGACAGACCCAGCGUUCUACGGGCGCUGCUGCUCAAACACAGCCAUCCCAGUGAUUUCAAACACCGCUUCCACCGCCACCACUCCUCCAGCAGUCUGCACGGCAGCCUCAAUCACAACCACACCCACGAAACCAGUCUGCCACUGGUGAGCGAGGAGCACGAUGAGCACCAGGACAACAAGGGGCCGGUGUACGACCCCAAACAAGACGUGUUUGUCACCCUCUUUAAAUCUCUCCACCCUCUGCCUCCCGAGAGCCACCCAGCCGCGGCCAGAUCCAUGAAGCUGCUCGCCAAGAUUCCCAAAGACGCAGAAGCUGUCAUCGUUUUAGUCGGCUGUGCUGAGUUUCUGGAGCAGCCGGCCAUGGCCUUCGUCCGGCUGAACGAGGCCGUGCUCCUGGAGUCGGUGCUCGAGGUCCCCGUCCCCGUCCGCUUUCUAUUUGUCCUGCUUGGUCCCAGUCAGUCCAACAUGGACUACCAUGAGAUCGGACGCUCCUUCUCCACUCUCAUGUCCGACAAGAACUUCCACGAGGUGGCGUACUUUGCGGACGACAGACAGGACCUCCUGAACGGGAUCAACGAGUUCUUGGACUGCAGCAUCGUCAUCCCGCCCUCGGACGUGGAGGGCAAGGACCUCCUGAAGACGGUGGCUGACUUCCAGAAGCAGAUGCUGCGCAAGAGGAAGGAGCGGGAGCUCAAGAAGCAGCACUCCACCUUCGGGGUGGUGCAGGAGAACAACGAGGUGAGCCCGGAGGAGGAGGGGGAGGGGGACCAGGAGGUGGAUCCGUUGACCCGCUCUGGGAUCCCGUUCGGAGGCCUGAUCCACGACAUCCGCCGCCGCUACCCGCACUACGUCAGUGACCUGAAGGAUUCCCUGGACAUGCAGUGCGUCGCCGCCGUCAUCUUCAUCUACUUCGCCGCCCUGUCGCCCACUAUAACCUUCGGAGGCCUGCUGGGAGAGAAAACAGAGGGGCUGAUGGGAGUGACUGAGCUCAUCGUGUCCACUGCUACCCUCGGGGUGAUAUUCUCGCUGCUUGCUGGUCAGCCCCUCCUCAUCAUUGGCUUCUCAGGACCCUUGCUGGUGUUUGAAGAGGCCUACUACAAGUUCUGUCAAGCUCACGACUACGAGUACCUGACGGGUCGGGUGUGGAUCGGGUUCUGGCUCAUCGUCAUCGUGCUGGUGAUGGUGGCGGCGGAGGGCAGCUUCCUCGUCCGCUACAUCUCGCCCUUUACCCAGGAGAUCUUCGCUUUCCUCAUCUCCCUCAUCUUCAUCUAUGAGACCUUCUCCAAGCUCAUCAAGGUGUUUAAGGAACAUCCUCUGAUGGCCUUGUACACCAGUGACUGGACCCCAGACACUCUGCUGCACGAAGAUGGCCCCGUCUUCAACCAGCCCAACACCGCCCUCCUCUCUCUGGUCCUCAUGCUCGGCACGUUCUUUGUUGCUUUCUUCCUCAGGAAAUUCAGAAACAGUCGAUUCUUAGGUGGCAAGGCCAGAAGAGUCAUCGGGGACUUUGGGAUCCCUAUUUCAAUUCUGGUCUCAGUGUUGUUGGACUACGCCAUUACUGACACGUACACACAGAAACUUAACGUGCCGUCGGGCUUUUCCGUCACGUCCCCUGAAAAGAGAGGCUGGUUCAUCAGCCCCUUUGGAGAUAAGCAGCCUUUCCCAGCCUGGAUGAUGGCAGCGAGUAUCGUCCCAGCGCUCCUCGUCUUCAUCCUCAUCUUCAUGGAAACUCAGAUCACUUCCUUGAUAGUGAGUAAGAAGGAGCGUCAUCUGGUGAAAGGCUCCGGCUUCCACCUGGACCUGCUGCUCAUCGUGAUCCUGGGGGCCUUCUGCCCCCUCUUCGGCCUGCCGUGGCUCACCGCGGCCACUGUCCGCUCUGUCACGCAUGUCAACGCCCUCACGGUCAUGAGCAAGGCCACGGCGCCUGGCGAGAAGCCCAUGAUCCAGGAGGUGAAAGAGCAGAGGCUGACCGGGCUUCUCGUGGCCGUGCUUGUCGGCAUGUCCAUCGUGAUGACAGACGUGCUGCGCCUCAUCCCCCUGGCCGUGCUCUUUGGUAUCUUCCUGUACAUGGGGGUCACCUCCCUGACGGGCAUCCAGCUGUAUGAACGCAUCACCCUGAUGGUCACGCCCGCCAAGCAUCACCCCGACCACAUCUACGUCACCAAGGUGAAGACCUGGCGGAUGAACAUGUUCACCAUCAUCCAGCUGGCGUGCAUCGUGGCCUUGUGGGUAGUGAAGUCCACCGUGGCCUCGCUGGCGUUCCCCUUCGUCCUCAUCAUGACGGUGCCGCUGCGCCGCCUCGUCCUCUCCAGGAUCUUUCAGGAGCGUGAGCUCCAGGCGCUGGACUGUGACGAAGAUUCUCCAAACUUCGACGAAGACGGACGGGACGAGUACAACGAGAUCCACAUGCUUGUGUGAAUCUCAAAAUGGGGCCCGGCAGACCGCACCUCCUCCUCCGUCCUGCAGCUCUGACCAAUCAGAGGAGGCCUCUCUGGAAAAAAAACUCAGCAGAGCGAGAGGAGCUACCAUAAUGGUGUUUGUAAAAUAUACACAAAGCUAUAGCUGGAUGAUUACUUGCUUAGCUUUGUUUAUUCCAGUUUUUUUCAAAGGGCACACCUCAUGUUAGAUCUCUGUGGUGGUGGUGGUGGUGGUGGUGGUACUGGUGAUGGUGGUGUAGCUCUGUGCACCCUGUCCUGAAGUAGAAGCUGCAAACCACACGAACACUUAAUCCAACUUUUUUAUCCCGUCUAUCCCUUUAACUACCACGCAGGUUCUGGGCCUGGGUGCCAUGAUGCUGGUGACCUGCCGGACGACCACUGGUCAUGAUGGUUUUUAGGCUGAUUUUGGCAGCGAAAAGUGGGAAAUCUGGUCAAUUUCCUCUCAUUUCAUUCAGGAAGCGGACAUUCAUCAAAAUGUAUUUUCGUGCAGGUGACGUGACCCUCGAGCCCCGAGAGAAUUCCACUGCCGUCAUAGUUCAGCGGCCGUUACUACUGACGUUUCCUGUAGGUUGCAAACGAUGGGCGGAGAGUUGAGUAGUGUUCCCGUCUGCUGUCGAGUCCGUGGGCACAAAGCCUCCUCCUGGUAGUAAAAUCUCCACUGAGCCUUCAAGGGGUGUCACUGUACUUUGUUACGUGUUCGAUGCCCAACAUACCAGUCCACUGGGCCUAUUACCGUGACCUGGGAUGUAUGACUGAAUAGCUAACAUGGUCUCAACCUUAUUUUUCUACUUUAUUUUGUGUCCAGAUCCUCACUGCGGCUGAGACUCUUCAACAGCUUAAGAUUUAAAAUGAGAUAAAAAAAUAACACUGUGUAGGUUGACGCACUAAAAACAAUGAUUCAUCCGUCCCUUCAAGAUUUUUUCGCAGUGUUGUGCGUUUUUUUAAUGACACACUUGACUGGAAACUAAGCAAACAUGCAAGUGCUAAAAAUUGCCGGGGAACAGUUGAGUGUUCGGCGGAAUGUAUGAAUGAUGCUUUGUCCAGUAAGACUGUGAACUUGGAAUUAUAAUGAACCAUCUGUGCUCCGAGUGGUUCUGAAAAAAUACAGAUAGAUUUAGAUUUCACCUCCCAUACUGCCAAACCCAGUACAUGAUUGGAAAGCUUCUCAGAAACCGGACUUCUGCCUGCACAGAGAACCAACCACAGCUUCACAAGUUCAGGGAGAAUGGCACCAAAUUGCAUAAGGCAUUUAGAAAUAGAUGAGACCGGUGUGUUGCCAUGUUCUGACAUUCCCAACACUCGAAAUAUCAUCUUUUCACAUUUGCCUGAGGUGGAGAAUAACUAGGAAAAAAGCCAGUUUGAUGGACGCAGGUCAAACUGGGAGACGGCUCCUGCACGUCUUGUUUCAAAUGUUCAGAAGAACCUGUGUGCAGGAUUCUGUAAUCUCCCGACACCUGUUAUAUUUAAACACACUUCACAGGACAAACAGUACACAGACACACACACAGAGGCAGCUGAAGGGGUUUCUGGGAAAAGGUAAAUUUCUUCCAUUCACCACAUGCACAACAAAAAAAGACGCUGCUUAAAAGUGAAGCACAGAUCAGAUUCUAAAUGUUAAGCUCAAAAUAUUGUUGAGAGUCAGCAGUGUGUUACAAUGUGUGUUUGUGCAGCCACUGGUUCAUUUCACACAACCAUGUCCUAAAUUAUAAGCCAUGCAAGAAUUCUGUCUCAGGGGAAACUGACCUUCGAUCUGUAAAUAUUGGUUCCCAGCCUUUAGUUUGUCCUUUGUACAUAAAGCGGUCAAGGCAAUCUCACGUGUGCAAUGUAAGAUAUAUAUAUAUAUAUAUAUACAGCUGGGGUUUUGUGUCCCACGACCGAGGAGAGAAUAACGUGUCGACUCCAUGGAGGUGACUUGGGAAUCGAACCGUGAACGAGGUGGCCUCCACUUUGAUGUGAAGCAUCCACCUGCUGGAGUCUGCUGCUCACAGGGUUAAUGAGUUACUCCAUGUGCUUUGCAUUAGCGCUCUGCAGCAGCCUCCCUCCACUGCUGAGCUGGUAAUGGACCUUUUCAACCACGUGCUCGUGUUUCACGCUUUUUUUUUGCAAGGACAGGAAUUUUUACUCCCAUUAUAUUUGGCCCCACUGUUUCUCGUGACAUUUUAAAAGCUGAUGCUCGGCUGCCGGUGUUUUCACUCGUCAUAAUUCAGAUGAUACCGAUUCAUGGAAAGUCUUUUGAGGACGAAAGCUACUGGUCGACCAGCAACGAGUUGAAACUGCUGUUCAGGGUCAGAGAUGCAUUAAGGACUCAAAAUGGAUUAAGAGUCACUGUCAAUGAAGAGGCUUGAUUUCUAAAUUUCUAAUAAUGUGAAUAUUAUCCCAAGUUUAAUUUAUUUAUUAUUUGUUGUUAUUUAUUUCACAUUAUUCCUGUAUGAUUUUGUAAAAGCUGUUUUCCCUCCUUGAACAUGUAUUUAAUUCAAAUUUGCCCCCCCUAAAAAACUACUUCUACUACCAUGCAGUAUUAAAAAUUAUUACUACACUUCAGUUCCACAAACUACCAGAAAAAAAUUACAAAGGCCAUGACCUCAGGCUCCUCAGUCGUCUGUCUGCAAAAUCACACAUCCUGCGUUUUGGCACUUUAUUUUGGAAUCAACCUGGAAUAUAUUUAAGUUAUAAAUACAAUGAACGUAAUGUUAACUUCCGUAGCUAACUUCUGUUCAGGUAAUUAAAUGAGACAUGUGACAUUUUAGCAAGUUGCUGCCACCUGAGUCCAGUGGAUUUGUGUGUCUGCUGCCGGACUCACACACGGAUCCACGUCCUCUAUUUCCAGAGAACACAGAGACUGUUCAACACAUGCACGUGCUUUUAUUAUGACAAGGCUUGUUGUGUUGGAGGAGGCAGCAGCCCAGACUCCCCUGACCGGAGUUCUAACUCAGCAAAACAUCCUUUCAGUGUUUACACACGGAGGGGGAAAUGAAAUCACUGGUAUUAUUUGGGAUUAUAGAAGGUGGGUCGUGCCACCUGGUCCCUCUGGGCGCUGGAUGUUAGAACAUGUGACCCUUAUCGUCUGAAGUAGCAGCAACAGACUGAAUAUAAGCAUGUGUUGAGUCUCGAACCUCUUUAGAUUCAUCUCUUUUGGUUCGAGAGAUAAACAUUGACAUUUUUUGAGUUCUCCGAUAUGUAAUCAUGUUUUAUUCAACCGGAGCAACAGGAUUAGUUUCCUCAAUUUUGGUUUUCAUUGACACAUAUUGUUGGUGAUAUCCUUUCCUGUAAAUAAAAUCCUGUCCCUAUAAAUGGUAUAUAUUUUAUUAUUAUAUUAUUAUUGUUGUGACAGAAUUCGUACGAUGCCACAGCAGUAUUUUGACACCACUCACUUAAAGCUUCGGUUUCCAUAAGAUAUCAUCUCCACUUCUAAAGCUGCAAUAAGUAUUUUGGAACCUGAAGAGCACAGACGGACAUUCUCCAACCAAACUCACAGCGACAAGCCCUGAUCGGCUACUCGUCGAGGAAUGUUAGCGCUACACAACACGACACGACACGACAAUCCAAGUUUGUUGGUGACACACAGGUCUUGAAGAGCGGCUCCAUCUUGCUAUUUCUGUAAAGAGGUUUUCAAAAGACUGUCAAAUGUUAUUUUUUUGUCUGAAAUAAAUAUUUA